AUGUCUAAGUCGAAGACUAAGCGAGAAAUAUGGACACAAGAGAUGGAUGAUGCUCUUAUUGAUGCUUUUUUGCAUCAACAGAACGAUGGAAAUAAAGUUAGUGGCUCCUUUACAUCCAAAGCAUAUGAAACCAUCAUAAAGGAGUUGCAACAAAAAUUUGGACGCUCAUUUGAGAAAGAAAAGAUUAAGAGUCGCUGGAAAAUAGUAAAAAGACGUUUUUCCAAGUGUUAUGACUUGUUCAAGAAUGGGUUGAGUGGAUUUGCUUGGGACCCAAUUACAAAACAAUGGUGCGCUGAGCCUGAAGUUUGGCAAAAGCUAAUUGAGGCUAAGCCUGAAGCAAAAGAGUGGAUGGGAAAGUCUAUUCCCAAUUAUGACAAGUUGAUGAUCGUGUGUGGAGGAGACAGAGCCACUGGACAGCAUGCUGAAACUGCCAAAGACAUUAGAAACAAAAGGUCAUUGCCUUGUGAAUCUGAGUCAAUAGAAACCAUUGAUGUGACCUUAGAGAGUGCUCAAGAGGUUGGUAAUGAAAAUGAAGUUACAUCACUUGACGUACAAGAUACUCGCAGUCAAGAGGUUAAAUCUAAAAGGGCUAAAAGGUCAAAGGAUGAAGAAGUUGAAGGGAUACAAGUGGCACUUCAAGAUAUUGCUGGAGCUCUUAAAGAGGGUAAUGCAGCAAUCCACAACACAUAA